AUGAACACCUCAGAUUUACCCAACGCCAGCCAUGGGGAUACAUGUCCUCCUGAGCCUCAGCACAUGUCUCUGGCUGUGAUCCUCUGUCUGGUCUAUCUGCUGGGCCUUCUGCUCAAUGGAUUCAGCCUGUGGGUCUUCACCUGCCGCAUUCACAAAUGGAACUCUGGAGCUGUUCUGCAGUUUAAUCUGGCUCUAUCUGACGCCAUCAUCACUCCACUCACCCCACUGAUGGCAGCGUACUUUGCCAUGGAUAGCAACUGGAUUUUUGGGGAUUUUGCCUGCCAUCUGAAGAUCGCCGUGCUCAGCAUCCACUUUAAUGGCAGCGUGAUCUUCCUCACACUUAUUAGCGUUCAUCGAUAUGUGUCCGUGGUUCACUUCAACCGCUCCUCGUUGAUAAAAAGGAAGAUAUUCGUGAAGAAGCUGUGUGCUGGGAUUUGGUGUUUUCUGAUAAUAAUUGGCAUUUUCUAUGGAUGGCUGCUUCCUGUGACCACUGAAGAAAAUCAUGGGCAGUGUCUUACUAUUCAUCAGACAAGGUUGACAGAUGCUUACUUUAUUAUUAACUUUGUGAUUUUCUUCUUUUGGUGUAUUUUACCCUUAACUAUAUCAGUGUUUUGCUAUAGUCGCCUGGCGAGCUCAGUGUCCCGCAUUAACAUCAAUUCUGCUCAGGGCCAAUCAGUCAAGAAUAAGUCUAUGAGGAUGAUAGGGAUAUGUGUAUUCAUAUUUGGCCUUUGCUUUCUUCCUCUCAAUGUUGUUCGGACUAUCGGAGUAGUUGUGAAAAAGUAUCAUCCUAGUAAAUGUAGACUUAUGUUGCAGUUGCAAACAGCAUAUUAUGCAUGCUAUAUUUUGGCAGGAAUCAACUGCUGCUUGGACCCCCUCAUCUACUUUUUUGGCUCACGUAAUUUUAUCAAAGCAUUCAGAAGAUCUCUUAAGGUAAUAGGGGUCAGACGUAAUGUUGAAAACAAAAUUGAAUCAGAAACAGUAAGUCAAAGUGUAAACAGAAAUGUAGUUUCAGCUAUCUCUUAG